AUGGCAGGCCCCACCGAGUUCUACCUCUCCUCAGUGUGGGGUCUUCGGCCGCCUGCCGUGACGAGAGUCAAGGCACAGAUGGACGAGGAAAUACCCGAGGGCGCCGAGAUCGUCUACGACCGGGACUACGGCUGGUUCCGCGUCACUUGCCGUGAUGAGGAUUCCUCUGAAAUCCGCCGCGCAUUUGACCGGAUUGUCAAGGAGAUUGAGGACGAAGUGUUUGAGUAUGCCGAGGAGGAUAUCAUCGAUGAUGAGGGCGUCGUCAGGGAUAACUUCCGUAACGAGAUGUUCACCUUCGGCGACGAGAACCUUUUGCUAAUUGAAGAGUAUGGCCCCGAGGAAGAGAUCCCCGAGGAGUACCACUUUUCUGCUGAGAUCGCGGAGUACCCGCACAAGACGAAAUGGGACGAGCUGGACAAGAUUAAUGAGUCGUUCACUAUCCACGACAUUGUCUCUGCGGACGAUCUCGAGCAGAUCGCGCGGGAUAGCGGUACUAAAUUGGUGCCGAGACUCAACGGCAUCAUUGUUGAGAUCGGUGGGAAGGACGAGGAUGCUCUUCGGAAGGCUCAGAAGAAGUUGAUGACUAUGCUUGAGAUCAAGAAAAUGUCCAAGAAGCGCCUAGGCGGCCAACACCUGGUCUACGUCGAAGAUUACUAUGACCCGUCGCCCGGCGGCUGGCAGGCCGACAUGCGCUACAUGACCAACAUCGACGAGAAGCUGACGACCUCGACCCUCAUCGAUUGGCGCACAGUCGCCAACCUCAAGGCCUUCUACGAGGAAAUGUACAAGCAGGGAGCUUCGAUUCGGCUUUGUCUCUACAGCGGGGCUGAUAGGCAGUGGUACCCAUUGCUUGGCCCACAAGUGCCGUCCAAGACUGUGGUCAAGUUCGCCCUCGAGCAUCGCCCUACUGUCCCCCUUCGGGAAGGCCAGAACCUGGAGAUGAUCGAGGUUCCUCCGCCUCGGGAGCCUUUUGUUCUUGAUCCAAAGCUUCCCAUUACGACCUGGGAUGAGGUCAAUGGCGAGGUGACCAAAACCGCGCCUGCCGCGCCGCCUACGACGCCCGCCCCUGAACUAGCUGAAGAGGUUGCUCAGCAGCAGCCCGCUGAGGUGCUCGCGCCCGCGCCGGUUGCUCCUCCGACGGCUCCACUUAGGGCGGUCAGCCCUACGUUAUCCCGGAACGGGUCUAACGAUUCUGACGAGGAGGAGAUUGACGAGGAUAGCUUCGAUGAGAAUGAGUUCGUGGUCACGACCAAAAUUGUCUCAAAGUCCAAGUUGCCUGCCCCCCCUCCGGCAAACAAGAAUUUCAAGCAGCGGCCUCAGAAAGGGAUCUCAUCACAGAACCAGAAGACGCCCAACUACCUUGAGGAUGAUCUUCCUGUGCCGAAUUAUAUUGCCUACCAGGCGCAGCUGGGUUCGAGUGGCACUACUCCUACCAGGGGCAACACCCUUAACAGAGGGAAUACUCCUGGUCGGGUGAGCACUCCUGUUCAGGGUGUCGAUAACCGCGCCAGGUUCGGCACUCCCUCGCUCAGCUACCAACCCGCCCAGUCCAGACUCGGCAACCGAUGCGCUCAGACCAUGAACACGCCGCUGCCGAAAAACCUCGGUGUUAUCCCAGACUACUUUAAGACAGAGCUCACAACCGCGAUAAAGCAACUGCUCGAGUCCGGGCCCAAGCGCCGCGGCACGCUCACUCUGCGCGCCGAGUUCGGCCGCGCCAUCUUCCUCGGAGCCGACGAGACAGGCCUCGCGUUCAAUGACGAGGACUCGCCCAGCGAUCCCUGGAUCAAGGAGCGCUUGUUGCGCAGGCUGGGUAACGAAUACCACGCGCACGUGGCGUACCAUUUCACGAAGGUGCUGUCGACGUAUGGCUCGGAUAUUAAGGAGAUGCUGGAUCUGGAGUGGGAGGGUAAGCGCAUGUGGAAUCCCACACCCAUGAAAACCUGGACAGUGUACUCGUUCCGGUGUCGUUUUGUGCUGCCGAAGAAGAAGGAGGAAGAGGAGGAGAAAGAGGUUCAGCCUGUGCCGGAGCCUGAGCCGGAGACCCCGCAGAAGACUCCAGAGCCGAUUGAGUUUAUUGUUGAGAUUGAGGAGACGGGUCAGGGUAACCCGCUAUCGUACCACGUCCGUCCGGUCAAGGUUGGCGGCCCGCUGCCGGUUACUAUUCAUGCCAUUCGCCGUCACUGGGACUUGCAGAUUGCGUUCACGCAUGUCAUCACCGACAAGGCGGAGCAGGUCUUCGGCUCGGUGGCUCAAGCGCUGCUCAAGUCUUUUAGCGUCACAGGCUUCGACGAAAAGGGCACCCCCUCCAUUAGAUUCGCUCUCCACCAGAAUCUUUGCGCCACCGUGACCGACGUCCGGGUCAUGACCAAGUGGCGGCACAAGUACCUUGGCGGCCUGAAAUCCCUCCUUGAAAUCACCGAAGUCGAGCAGCUCAACAUCCAUCCCACCACUGAUAACCGCUCCCUGAUGGACUCCCUCACCGGCUGGGAGCCCUUCACAGCCUCUCCGCGCAGCAAGCGCGAAGCAAGAGAGAAACACCGCCAGGGCGACCCCGCCUGCUGGUACGAGAUGGCGGUUGUGUCCUACGACGCCGAGAUGGCAUUCCAAAAGAACGCCAGCCUGCAAAUCGGCGACGAGGCAAAUUGGACUGUCGACCAGCUGCUGGUGGGCAUGCGUGUACUGCCCGCUUUGUGCCAACCUGCGUUGAUCAUGUUGACCAAAAUGGAUAGCGUGGGGAGGGCAGAUGAUAAUGGGCUUGGGAAGAAGUUGUUGGAGACGGUGAUUAAGAGGAAUACGGUCACCAAGAAGGACGUGCCGGGGAUUGACCAUGGGCUGGGAUCACAGUGCAAGAAUGGAGGGAGUAAUCAUAGUGGUGGUGGGGGGAAGGGGAGGAGGAAUCGGGGCAGCAAUCAAAACAACAAGAACCAGAGGAGGGCCGAUGCCAUGUCAGCGCAGGAGUUUGGGGGUAUUUCUUCGGCGAAGGAACCCAAGAGGAGGCCCUGA